GCCGGCACAUGACGUAGGGUAAGUUCCUGCUGUGGCUUGAGGGAAACAGGUCGACAUUCAACCACGGGAGAAUCGCACUUUGCGGCCUGUGGAAGCCCCCCCCUCCCCUCCCUGAGCGAUGGCCUCACCAAUCUCUAUGUACAACUCCAAUGCCUUGGACACUCACAUCUCCAGUACCUCCAGAGAGUCUUUGAAGAUGGAGUUGUUAGCUGAUGUCACCCUGCUGCCAGGAGAGGAGAGGAUCAUCGAUAAAGACAUCAUCUACAUUUGUCCGUUCAGCGGUGCCGUAAAAGGCAAAGUGUUGAUCACCAACUACAGACUCUACUUCAGGAGUUCGGAUUCUGAUGUGACAGUGACACUGGACGUUCCUCUGGGUGCCAUCAGUCGGGUCGAGAAAAUGGGUGGGGCAUCGAGUAGAGGAGAGAACUCUUACGGCCUGGACAUCACCUGCAAGGACAUGAGGAACCUGAGGUUUGCCCUCAAGCAGGAGGGUCACAGCAGACGAGACAUCUUUGAGCUCCUCUUCAAGCAUGCCUUCCCUGUCUCACAUGGCCUGCCUCUGUUUGCAUACGUGACUCAGGAGAAGUACGAGGAGAAUGGCUGGAAUAUUUAUAAACCCAUAGAAGAGUUCAGACGGCAGGGCUUACCGAAUAACAAGUGGCGCAUUACUUUCAUCAAUAAAAGCUAUGAACUGUGUGACACCUACCCCACUGUGUUGGCUGUGCCCUUUAAGUGUAAAGAAGAGGACCUGCGGAGAGUUGCUUCCUUCAGGUCCAGAGCACGCAUACCAGUGCUGUCAUGGAUCCACAGGGAGAACCAGGCAGUGAUUGCACGCUGCAGCCAGCCUUUGGUCGGCAUGUCUGGGAAAAGGAACAAGGACGACGAGCGCUACCUGGACCUGAUCAGGGAAGCCAACGACACCACCAAGUUGACCAUCUUCGAUGCUCGUCCCAACGUCAACGCUGUGGCCAACAAGGCCACAGGGGGUGGCUAUGAAGGCGAUGAGUACCAAAACGCAGAACUCGUAUUCCUCGACAUCCAGAACAUCCAUGUCAUGCGAGAAUCCUUGAAGAAACUAAAAGACAUAGUGUAUCCCAAUGUAGAGGAAUCUCAUUGGCUGUCAAGUCUAGAGUCCACACACUGGCUAGAACAUGUAAAGUUGGUGUUAUCAGGAGCCAUCCAAGUAGCAGACAAAGUAUCCAGUGGGAACUCUGUGGUGGUCCACUGCAGCGACGGCUGGGACAGAACGGCUCAGCUCACCUCUCUGGCCAUGCUCAUGCUAGACAGCCACUACCGUACUCUGAAAGGCUUACAGGUGCUCAUUGAAAAGGAAUGGAUCAGCUUUGGACACAAGUUUGCUUCAAGAAUAGGUCAUGGUGAUAAGAACCACGCUGAUCAGGACAGAUCGCCCAUCUUUGUCCAGUUCAUCGACUGUGUGUGGCAAAUGACUAAACAGUUCCCAACAGCCUUUGAGUUCAAUGAGCGCCUCCUGCUGACCAUCCUGGAUCAUCUAUACAGCUGCCGCUUUGGCACGUUCCUCUACAACUGUGAGAGUGCGCGAGACCAGAAUGGGGUGAGGUUGAAAACGGUGUCCUUGUGGUCCUUGAUCAACAGUAAGACAGACAUUUAUUUAAACCCUUUCUACACGCCUGAGUCAGGCAGGGUCCUCUACCCUGUUGCCAGCAUGCGCCACCUAGAGCUUUGGGUCACAUAUUACAUCCGCUGGAACCCGCGCAUUCGACAACAGCAGCAGAGUCCAGUAGAGCAGCGCUACUUGGAGCUAUUAGCCCUGCGGGACGAGUACAUCAAGAAGCUGGAGGAGCUUCAGCUAUCAGACUCCACCCCCUCCCGCUUGGCUAACAGCUCCACCCCCAACACGUCGUCAUCGUCCUCUUCCCCCACGCCGUCACAGCAGUACACACACCUACACACUCCCUUCUGAG